AUGACCGGCCCCGCCGAAGCAAUGGUUCGAGAUCUCCAGUUGUCGAGUGAACCCGCUCAUGAGCACACUCGAAGCCAGGUGGUGUUUCGGCCCGUCAUUAUUAACGAUGACCAAAUGCUCGUUAAUCCAGUCGCUCAAUCUCCUCCGUUUAUGAAUACAAAACGGUUAACGCGACGACUCACAACUGCUGACGUUCGAAUACCUCUUGAGCAAUGCUUUGCUAACGACCUGUGUUCGAAUAUCAACUUUAAACAACCCAACAGUCAGCGUGACACAUCCCAACAGUCAGCGUCUGACACAUCCCAACAGUCAGCGUCUGACACAUCCCAACAGUCAGCGUCUGACACAACCCAACAGUCAGCGUCUGACACAACCCAACAGUCAGCGUCUGACACAACCCAACAGUCAGCGUCUGACACAACCCAACAGUCAGCGUCUGACACAACCCAACAGUUAGCGUCUGACACAACCCAACAGUUAGCGUCUGACACAACCCAACAGUUAGCGUCUGACACAACCCAACAGUUAGCGUCUGACACAACCCAACAGUUAGCGUCUGACACAACCCAACAGUCAGCGUCUGACACAACCCAACAGUUAGUGUCUGACACAACCCAACAGUUAGCGUCUGACACAACCCAACAGUUAGCGUCUGACACAACCCAACAGUUAGCGUCUGACACAACCCAACAGUUAGCGUCUGACACAACCCAACAGUUAGCGUCUGACACAACCCAACAGUCAGCGUCUGACACAACCCAACAGUCAGCGUCUGACACAACCCAACAGUCAGCGUCUGACACAACCCAACAGUUAGCGUCUGACACAACCCAACAGUCAGCGUCUGACACAACCCAACAGUCAGCGUCUGACACAACCCAACAGUUAGCGUCUGACACAACCCAACAGUCAGCGUCUGACACAACCCAACAGUCAGCGUCUGACACAACCCAACAGUCAGCGUCUGACACAUCCCAACAGUCAGCGUCUGACACAACCCAACAGUCAGCGUCUGACACAACCCAACAGUCAGCGUCUGACACAACCCAACAGUUAGCGUCUGACACAACCCAACAGUCAGCGUCUGACACAACCCAACAGUCAGCGUCUGACACAACCCAACAGUCAGCGUCUGACACAUCCCAACAGUCAGCGUCUGACACAACCCAACAGUCAGCGUCUGACACAACCCAACAGUCAGCGUCUGACACAACCCAACAGUCAGCGUCUGACACCACCCAACACUCAGCGUCUGACACAACCCAACAGUCAGCGUCUGACACAACCCAACAGUCAGCAUCUGACACAACCCAACACGGAGUAGAGGAGCUCUACGACGUUUCCAGCGGAGUGGAGGAGCUCUACGACGUUUCCAGCGGAGUAGAGGAGCUCUACGACGUUUUCAGCGGAGUGGAGCAGCUCUACGACGUUUCCAGCGGAAUAAAGCAGCUCUACGACGUUUCCAGCGGAGUGGAGCAGCUCUAUGACGUUUCCAGCGGAAUAGAGCAGCUCUACGACGUUUCCAGCGGAGUAGAGAGGCUCUACGACGUUUUCAGCGGAGUAGAGCAGCUCUACGACGUUUCCAGCGGAAUAAAGCAGCUCUACGACGUUUCCAGCGGAGUGGAGCAGCUCUACGACGUUUCCAGCGGAAUAGAGCAGCUCUACGACGUUCCCAGCGGAGUAGAGCAGCUCUACGACAUGUAG